UAAAUUGUCAAAUCGUGACACGGCUCUUUCCCACCCUAUUAACUUUCCCUAGUUGGCUGACUGAUAUUUUUUGUUUUCUGAUGCACGCAAAGGAGCUUCUUUGAAUCAUAUAUAUUAACACCAAUAUAGAAAGAAGAGAGAAACUGUUUAGGAGCAUCCAACAAAAUUUGUCUAGUGAAAGAUUAGUAAUAUACUAUAGUUCAUAAGAUUAAACCUUGUUGAUGGUAAUCACUAAUGCAGUUAUGCACCCGCUAAACUUUAUGCAUUAACAAGCAAUAUAUUUGUUCAAUAUACUUGCAACUUGUUCCAGGAGCCAAUUAUCCACUACCUUUUUUUCUUCUUUGUCAAAGAUGAAAGUCUCUGGAGAUAAGUUGAACCAAUUAAGUGGUCUUUGAGCUUUAACCAAGUAACAAUUCACAAUGCAUGACUCCCCUAAAAAUGCACACAAAUUCACACCUGACUUUUCCCCCUUUUCCCUUUUCACCCAAAAGUUGCUUUAUAAUAAUAAUUACAUUUCACUCUUCUCAGUCUGGCAAUCUAGGUCUGCAUUAUAGUUUUCAAGCGCAUGCAACUACAGUGAAUGAAAGGCCAACUCCAAGACAGAAUUCUGGAGAAAGAAAAACUGUACAAGAAAAUGAUUUUUUGAUAACCCCUUCCGUAUCCAAUCCAAUUAUUCAUUGUUCAGCAAGAUUCAGGAUUUCACCAAGUACAGAAAAUGAGUCUAGCAUUGUUCAGAGCUCUGAGGCACCUGAGCUUGUACGUCAAAAUACGCAGACAUUUCAUGAUCUAAAUAGAGUACAAAGACAGAUCUUGCAUCCUGUUCCCGCCAGUAUGACUGAUAGUUUCUCAUUGGCUGCCAAUAUCAAGCACAAGGAUAGCGGUGUAAAACUACCUCAGCGAACCAACAAUAGCACCGUUAACAAUCAAGAUAAACAUUUUAGUGAUUUACAAUUGCCAGGUGAUCGUGUAUUGUUUACUGAAACAGCCUCCGCCCCAGGCGUUCCUGUUGUAUAUCGUUUACCCGAAGAUCGCCAUACCAAUCCAGAUCGUCUUAAUCUAGACAGGAGGAAAUUAAACGUGUGUCCAAUAUUGGAAGGCGAAGAUCACGUUCGACUUUUGAACUUUCAACAUAAUAUGAUAUCCAAGAUUGAAAAUAUAUCUCAGCUAAAGAGAUUGAUAUUUCUCGACUUUUAUGAUAAUCACUUGGAGUGCAUAUCCGGCUUGUCGUCUCUGAAAUCACUGAGAGUUCUGAUGCUUGGAAAAAAUAGAAUACGGAAAAUAGAAAAUUUAGAUGCGUUAACUAAACUGGACGUAUUGGAUCUCCAUGGAAACAAGCUUUCAAGCAUUGACAAUCUAAAUCAUCUGUCGGAGUUGAGAGUACUAAAUCUUGCUGGGAAUGACAUUUCUGUGGUUCGAAAUCUGCACGGUAUGCAAGCAUUGGCCGAAUUAAAUUUGAGAAGAAAUAAAAUUGUUUCUGUGUCGGAGAUAGAUCAACUUCCCAAUUUACAAAGGCUUUUUCUGAGUUUCAACUCAAUUCAAAGUUUUGAUGACAUUAGAUGUCUUUCACAAUGCAAUGCACUUUCAGAAUUGUCAAUCGAUGGAAAUCCAUUUUCACUGGAAGUGUCUUAUAAACAUUGUGUUUUGAGAAAUGUUCCAAAUCUUCGUCAAUUUGAUAUGAGAAGAAUAACAGAAGAAGAGAAGAGACUGGCAAAUGUGAUUUCGAAGAAAGAAGACGACAGAAAGAAAGAACAGGGAAGAAUUACGCAUAUUAAGGAAAAGAAAAGGAUGGCGAUAAACAAUGCUCAAAAACAAUGGGAGAUGUUUCAUGUUGAUUCUCCAGGCAGUGUAAACAGUAAAUCCUCACUGGACGACAAAACAUCCGCGACAGAAACGUUGAGUCAACUGGAAGGAGUGUCUGACUCAACCAUCUGUCAUCUUGCUGAACUGGAAGGGGAGACGUUAUAUCUAUACGGUCCUGGUUCAUUAGAUGCGCUGGACCGUAACUGGGGACAGCAAGCUGCUAAUACCGUCACUAAUGUCGUGUUCAAGUUCAUUGAUUUUGAUGAUAUCGUGCCACAUCUUGGGAAGAUACAAAUUAAAUUUCCAGUUGUACAGAAUCUGGUAUUUUCUAAUACAAACAUUAAGAGUUUACCACAAAUUAAUGCCCUGGCCGUGGUCAAGCAUCUGGAAUGUUUGACGAUCAGUGAUGAUAAUCCAGUAACAUACUUUCAUCUCUGGAAACCGUACACGCUAUUUCGGCUAGCGCAUCUAUCUCUACAUCACUUGAAUGAUAUGGAGAUCACGGGCGAAGAUAUUGUUAAAGCAGAGAAAUUAUUUGGGACGUUGUCUCAUUUCACGACUUCAAAUCUUCCGCAGUCUCGACUUCUGUCUCUACUUGGUGAUAAUAGAAAACGGCAAGCAGUUCUCGAUUCAGAGAAGGCCAAGAAAUCUGAAGGGAAACAUGAACGUACCUUGUCGAAUGAAGGUCUGGGACGUGCAGGUUUACUGUAUAGAUCUCCUCAAAUGGUAGAAAACGCUAAAACGGAACGUAAUAUAUGCCAAGUAUUUUGUGAGAAUUUUGUGAAAAACUUGGUUGAAACAUGUGUUAGUAACCACGAGAAAACGAUGAAAUUAGAAAGUUUGUAUCCGCAGAUAUUGCAAGAAAUGGUGCAGGAGUACUUAAAAGAAAUGAAAAACUUUGACAAAUUCGUGGAGAAAAGCCUUGAAAAAGUUUGAAACUUUCUUUAAUAUGAAUAAAUCUGGAAUCCAGGCUAGUCAUGUUUACUGGAUUAUAUAUAGAUCUGGAGCACAUCUAGCCAAUCAGAAUCUGGUGUACCCAGGAUGGUGGCGAGCGUACUCAAAAUUUGAAUUCUGAACAUCAGUAAUGCGCAUUCAUUUUUUUAUAUCGCCUCUUACAAAACAUCAUGUAUACGUCAGUAGGCAUGGGAGUCAAUUCACCUUACCUGGAGAGCGGGGAUAGUAGGCCAAUAUCGUACUCGUGACGUAUUGUUCAAAAAGAAGUAUUAUAAUGUAGUUCUAUAUUUAUAUGUACAUAGCUCUUUUUCUAAAACAUCAACCGUUUCACUUUUUUAAAAAGGGAAGCUGAAAUGUGUAUAGGGUUGGGUUGAUUGUCAAAACUGCAAGGUACCGUUAGUGCGAAUUUGUGUUCU